AUGAAAUUUCGAAAUGUGCUCCGGAUUGCGCUUGGACACUUGGCGCUCUACUGUUUCGUGGUAUGCUACGUUUUUGCCGGGGCUUGGGUAUUUCACCAGUUAGAAGGAGAGAAUGAAACAGAACUUCAUGAUAAGCAGAGAGAAUAUGCAAUGAACCUCAAAAAAGAUGUGAUAGCAAAACUGGCGACAACAGAAAAUGUAGCCGAAAUAAACGAACAUCUGCGGAUGUUUUUACGGAACAUCUCCAACCUUCACAUUUCUCUAGACAAUUAUCUAAUUUUCAAUGAGCCCACUCAAAUAGUGCCGAAACGGUGGACGUUUCCUUCUAGUGUUUUGUUUUCUUUCACAAUUUUAACAACUAUAGGAUAUGGAAAUGUAACACCUCAUACUCAACAGUGCAAAGUAUUUUUAAUGAUAUACGGCGCAUUUGGAAUACCAUUGUUUCUUAUUACAAUAGCCGACUUGGGCAGAUUUUCAAAGACAGCAAUUAUGGCCCUAGUUCAAAAAGUUUCAAAACGAGAGUUGAAAAAGCAGAGUGACGAACAUCUUCUCCGUGAAAUCGCCGAAGUUUUGCUUGUUGCUGGACUUUUUGUGGUCUUCAUCGCAAUUGGAUCUGCGGUGAUCCCGCUGUGGGAAAAUCAGUUAACAUAUUUUGACAGUGUAUAUUUUUCAUAUAUGAGUCUUACAACUAUCGGGCUUGGAGAUAUUGUGCCUCGGCGGAUGGAUUUUUUACUUCCAACAUUAAUUUAUAUCACUAUUGGUCUAUGGCUGACGACUGCUUUGGUUGAACAAUUGGCGGAUGUUUUUCGAUUAGUGCACUAUGCUGGUAGACAAGUGACAAAUGUAAAAGGAAUCACUGUUUGGCUUGGUGGUCGACGACUGUCAAUGGGUGGCCUUAUCAGUACAGUUUGCAGAAGAGUGGGAAUGUCUGAUAAUCUGAUAAAUCAAAUCAACUGGGACCGCACCGUUAUCGAUGCAUUGGAUGGAAAGAUGCCACCGACGUUGCCAAUCUUCCCGUGGCAUUUCACCGAUUUUUUGGAACAUGAUCCCCCAUUGAUCGAUCUAAGUAUUGACUUGGAUCAGAUGGAUGGCUCAUUUUAUUGCUCCAAACCAUUAUCUGCGAAGAAACAAAGAAGAGCAAGUCAAAUGAGUGCUCCAGCAAUCUCAUGGAUGCGACCACAAGAGGAAGCACGCAUACUGGAUGCAGAUGGAACCUUUCCUAAUAUAGAUGCCUAACUAACAUGCAUAGUAUUUUAUACUGUGCAUUUGGAAAGCAACUUUUUUGAAAAAUGGAUUUACUUGAAUAUCAUCAAUACACACUGAAAUUUAGAGUAGUUCUUUUAAAUUUAUUUUUCAUAAGUGUUUUUAAAACUAUCUCCCGUUUUUUUACUCAAUGUGAAGCAUAUCAGAUUCCAUUUAAAAAGCAAAAUCAAUUCUAUUACCUAAUUCCUUGUCAAAAAUUACAAUUCACUACUUCCGUGAUAGAUCACUACAACUUCCACGAUGAAGUCUUAUAAAAUAACCACAGCAGAGCUAUGCACAUUUUCAAUUUUCCACCAACUUUGUGAUAUUGAUAUAUUAAUAUGAUAUUAAUUCUAUGACUCCAUGAUUAUUCAUGAUAUUGUUCAAUGAUCUCUUAUUCCCAUUGGUUUAUAUAUUCUGAUGUGUUCGUAUUUUUAUCAUGCAAUCGUUCUAUCAAUGUUUUCAUGUACUAUUCACUAAUUUUAUGAAGGUU